UGUUCCCAGAAAAAUUUCCAUGUGGAAAAUAAGAAUUAGUUGAUUUAUAAAUUGUUUAUUCCAUGUCUAAAGAGAAGAUAAUAGCGAAUGGCAUCAAGAAUGUCCUGCAUCCAGCGUUUGUCAGAACACCAACUCAAGUGUCUCCAUCCGUACCAGGUAAGGUAUCGCUGAUACCAUCACGUUUACCUCCUUUGCCAACAGUUCGAGAUCUAGUCAGAAUUUACCGUGUUCGAGCACGUCGAAGUUUGUCACAGAAUUUUCUAUUGAAUAAAAAUAUCAAUGAAAAAAUAGUCACAUCUGCUGGAAUUCAAAAUGGAGAUCAUGUGCUUGAAAUCGGUCCUGGGCCUGGUAAUAUUACACGUCAAAUUUUAGAACGUGGACCACAACAGCUGUUUGUAUUAGAAAAAGAUCGUCGUUUUCUACCAAUGCUCGAGAUGUUGGCCGAUGCUACAUAUCCCGAACAGAUGAAAAUCAUUGUUGGUGAUGUGAUGGAUUAUACGUUCGACAAUCUAUUUCCAGAACAUUUACGAAAGGAAUGGCACGAAGAAUCGCCAGCCAUACGGAUAAUCGGCAAUUUGCCUUUUAAUGUAUCUACACCAUUAAUAAUCAGAUGGCUAAGACUGAUGUCUGAUCAUUCGGGUUUUUAUCGGAUGGGCCGUAUUCCACUUACGUUAACGUUUCAACGUGAAGUUGCCGAACGAAUGAUCGCUCCUGUAAUGGAUCAUCAACGUAGUCGUCUGUCUAUAAUGUGUCAACAUUUAUGUAAUGUUAAAAUUCGUUUUACCAUAAAGGGAAAAAGUUUUGUUCCGGCACCAAAUGUGGAUGUAGCUGUAGUCAAAUUUAUACCAUUGAUAGAACCGAAAAUCUCCUUACCGUUUAAUGUGGUGGAAAAAUUUGUACGACAUUUGUUCAUUUACCGUAACAAACAAAUACAUAAAUGUUUAAAAACAUUGUUUCCAAAGGAUAUGCAUGACUUGAACGAAGAAUUAUUUAUAAAAUCCGCUAUCGAACGUGAUUUAAGGCCAACAAUGUUGUCCAUUGAUGAAAUCGGUGCAAUGUGUCAUGUAUACAAUGAAUUCUGUACAGAAAACCCAGGACUAUUUGAAUUUAAUCAUCAAGCUAAAAAAACACUUUCAGUAAACCAAUUUUUAAAUCAACAAGCCACUUGGAUAAAUGAAGAUUAAUUAGAAUAUUUUUUUUUAAUCGCAUCAAAUGAUA